AUGUCCGAGGCCGAGCAGGCAAGCAGCGUCCGGCCUCGGACUUCUCAAGGCGAACGCCGUGAGGAUCCUGCCUCGCAAGCGCCUUCUCGCAAGUCUUCCGGUGAGUCGCGGUCGCGGACGCGGUCAGCAUCCAGACUGUCGAAUCGACGCGUUCGCCGUAGAGAUUACGGAAGCACCGCGCCCAAGCAGCCAGUGGCUGCAGGCUCCUCAUCAUCGCAACAGCCUGCUGACGAAGCUAAACGCGGACAAGCGUCGACUGCGUUGAUCGAGCCCUCACCACCGACGCCGCUGAGUCAAGAGGCAUCCUUCUGCCGGCAAGAAACGACGCUGCUUCAAAACGCCCAGAGUCUGCCGGCAGACGAGGAACAGCGGACCCCGUUACUUCAAAAUGCCCAGAGUCUGCCGGCAGAGGAGGAACAGCGGAUCUCGCUGCUUCAAAACGCCCAGAGUCUGCCGGCAGAGGAGGAACAGCGGAUCCCGCUGCUUCAAAACGCCCAGAGUCUGCCGACAGAGGAGGAACAGCGGAGCUCGACGGCACCGACCGAACUGAAAAGUUCAGCUGCCGCUGUGCCAUCGCCACGUCCAGAACAGCAUCCGCAGGGCCUGUUCAGCGCAUACUGCAGAGCAGCUUCGUCACCGCUGUCGGAGCAGCAAGCCGUGAAACCUGCAGCGGAGCAAGAUGCGUCAGGCAAAGCUGGCCGCCCGAAAGUGCCCUACGACAGCGUAUUGAAAACCACGCCGAUGUCCAGCCGAGUGCUAGGGAAACCAAACUCGGGCACCGCCAGCCUGUUCUCCUCCGGCAACGCAUCGCCCAUGGUGCACAGCUUCUGGUCAAUGUUCAGCAGCAACGAGUAUCGGCCGGCCUUGAUGGCCAACCAGAGCGAGUACCUGAUGUGCAUGGGCUGCGGCGUGGUGGCGGCCGCGCUGAUCCUCCUGUCGUUCUUCGUGGCCGCGCACUUGAUAGCGAAACCGAAGUACGUGGAAGUGCGGGGCCCGUUCGGCGCCGUGCGCGGCAUCGCCGUCCUGGUCGAGGGCCGCCUCGUGCACGCGUUCAACGCCAUCCCGUACGCCGCGGCUCCCGUGGGACCUCUGCGAUUCGCUCGACCGGUGGCGCCGCAAUACGGGACCAUCAUAGAUGGGAUCCACCAACGUUACACGGCGUGUCCUCAGCCGCUUCUCGGCAACACCGGACCGGGCACCAGCUGGAUCGCGGACGAGGACUGCCUGCGCGUCAACAUCUGGAUACCGACCGGCUGCGGGCUCGAAACUCCGUGCGGUGGCAACAAGACCGUCCUGGUGUUCAUUACCGGCAGCCUAUUCCAGCAGGGAGAGGCUGGUGACGUCACCGAAGACGGAAGCAUUCUCGCUGCGCUAGGAGACAUCGCCGUGGUCACCUUCGCCUACCGGCUAGGGGCUCUCGGAUUCUUGUGCACCUCCACCGCAAGGGACUCGGGAAACAUGGGCCUGUACGACCAACUGGCGGCUAUGGAGUGGGUGCGCAAGAACAUCGCCUACUUCGGCGGGAACCACUCCGAAAUAGUGGUGGCGGGUCACGGGUCGGGAGCUGUGUCCGUAGGGCUGCACAUGCUGAACCCGAACUCCGGUUGGAUGGGCUACGUGAAGCGAUUCAUCGUCAUGAGCGACAGCCCCUACAGCAGGCAAAUUGACGGCAGGGCCGAGGCGACUAACAAGACAGCGGCCCUAUCACGAGAAUUGGGCUGCGCUGACCCGGCGGAUGACGUGGUAUCGGCAAACGCGUGCCUGCGAUCCGUGAGCGUGACCGCGCUGCUCGAAGCGUCGUCGCCGUUGAGGGAGGACUUGACGAGCCUGUUCUUCCCUACGCACGGCACCGACUUGAUGCCAGUCAGGCCGAGCGACUUGUCGCACGUGGCCCCGCUCAAAAGCAAGCAAGUGCUUAUCGGGCAUACGACUUUGGAAGGCGUCCACCAGGCAGCUCUGUUCAGGAACAGGGUGGCCGGAUCUGUGUUCGAGGCAUCUCUGGAAAAGGACGCCGUGUCCGUGCUUCGGUGGCUGGGCGUGCCGGAUCCAGAGCAGGUGGUGGCCGCGUACGCCCACGCCGCGUCCCAACAUGACAUGGAGUGGAUGCAGAGCGUGUUCGGUACCGUGCUCAGUGCUUGCCCGGUGCACUACUUCACUGAGCACUUGGCCCGCAAUGGGGCGAAUGCCGUCUACGCCUACCUCAUCAACCACACGCUCCUGUACGAACGACUGGUCGCCGAGCAAGACCGUGACGGGGACGAGCCCGAAGCACAUUUCGAAGAUCUGGGGUACAUUUUCGGGCUUCCGCUGAGGAGCGAGUACUCGGCGCCAAAGGAGGAGGAGGACUACAGUCGCAUCCUUAUUGAAAUCUGGGCGAAUUUCUCCAAAUCCGGGCAGCUACCCACGGUUCAAGGACAAGCAUGGCCAACGUUCCAUCUUGAGAACCAGACCACGGUCGAGCUGGCAUGGCCCGAGCCCGUCGUGUCUCAAGUUACUUGGAGGGCGGAGUGCGAAGCACUGCGAAAGCACCUCGUAUAAGAUGCUUGGACUAUGCCUGGGCGAGCGCAUCUUUGUGAUUAGUACUGUGGAUCCGCGACCAGUACGUGGACUUGCUUGGGGCACUGACUAUAACCGCGGCUAAAACCACUUAGAAACCACUGAGCUGUGCUUAUAUGUGGUAUUUUAUUGUGUAGUAUCCUAUGCUGCUGUACGGUAUAUUAUUUAUUGCACUACCAGUGUACUGCACAGUAUCUAGUAUCGCUCUGUAUGACGUUUGUUAUAAUGUUGUAUGUUAUUCAUACCCAGCUCUGUUGUGCUUCCCUGGUCGCUUGACCUACCCGAGGAUUGAACGACAUUUGCGACAGACUCAGCGGAAACACAUCGGUUUCUUUUCUUUUAAUGUUUUUGGUCGGCGUCCAUUUUACCCUUGACUACGAGUAAUCCCGACCAGACUUGUUUUCGUCGAACUCUCGAUUUCAGACUAGAAUCACUUAGCCCUCCUCCUAGUAGUGCGGAUUCAGCGCACGCAUAUAUAGCUCACUGUGCACGACGCUUCGCAUUUAAUAAAGACGAUCGCCUCAAAUUCAGCGGCCAGACGUGUUGCGCCCGCCUGCGGCUUACGUUGUUCAUGUCUUGAGGGGCUGUGGCACGUUUGUGGGCUACCGCAGGAGGCAAUUUUCCCUCA